AUGCCUUCCAUCAGACUUGAAGGGCACGCUCUGGGACUGCUCGUUAGCUGCGUAGGGGCCGUGGCAUUCUUGCUACAGGGCUAUGAUCAGGCUGUCGUCAACGGUCUUCUGACCUUGCCUACGUGGGAAAUGCGGUUUCCUUCCAUCAACACGAGUGCGGACAAGAGCCAGAGUCGAUCGGUAUUGCAAGGCACGAUAGUUGCUCUCUACGAAGUCGGCUGCUCUGUCGGAGCCCUCUCCUGCUGUUUUCUGGGCGACUUCUUAGGCAGACGCAAGACGAUUUUUCUCGCAGCGUGCAUUAUCAUCAUCGGUGUCAUAAUCCAAGCCACACCAUUCAGUCUCGGCCAACUCAUCCCUGCGAGGAUCAUCACCGGGCUGGGAGUUGGUGCUUUCACCGCGACAGUCCCCAUGUGGGUUACGGAGUGUUCCAAAGCACACAACCGUGGCAGGCUGGUAAUGAUGGAAGGUUGUUUUGCAAUUGGUGGUGUUUGCUUCGCAACAUGGCUCGACUUUGGCUUUUACUUUGUCAAAAACAACUCUGUCAAUUGGAGGUUUCCCAUUGCAUUCCAAUUAGUGUUUGCGCUGAUUGUACUCUCGUUGAUUUUUUAUUUGCCAGAAUCGCCCCGUUGGCUGAUCAAGCAAGACGAUUAUGAAGGUGCCAUGGACUCACUUUCGCGCCUGGAAGGCUUGCCCAGAGACUCAAGAUUGAUCGCCCACGAGAUUAGUACGAUCAAAGCAUCAAUUGAUGCAGAGCAUGUGGGAACCUCGGGGAACCCGUUUGCAACAACGAGAAACCGGCAUCUGCAUCGAACUCUCCUGGCAAUGGCCGUCAAUAUGCUGGCCCAAAUGACUGGUGUCAACAUUGUCACAUUUUACUCGAACACCAUCUUCCAGAACAUCCUCGGGUACUCGCCAGUUCUGUCGCGCGUCAUAUCAGGCUGCCUGCAAAUCUGGCAGUUCUUGUGCGCCACACUCGCAAUGUUCCUGGUCGAUCGGAUCGGCCGACGCAAGUUGCUCUUGAUUGGCUCCUUUGGAAUGAUUAUAUCCCAGUCCGGCCUUGCAGCGCUCACAAAGUAUGCACCCGGGGAUAAGCGCGUCGCUGGAGCCACUUUGCUCUUCGAUUUCAUGUCUCUCUUCUUCUUUCCCAUUGGCCUGUUUCUGAUCCCUUUCAUGUACGCCGCAGAGAUCUCUCCCCUCCGCAUCCGCGCAAAAGUCACUGCAAUGUCAGCGUCAACGAAUUGGAUCUUCAAUUUCCUCUUGGCCGAGGUCACUCCGCUUGGGUUUGACAAUCUCGGAUGGAAAUAUUACCUCGUCUACGUCUGCACAAGCUCCCUGGCGUUUGCAGUGUUUUUCCUCUUCUGUCCAGAGACCAAAGAGCGACCACUUGAAGAUAUCGAUGAGAUUUUCUUGAGAUCGAGCAAUAUCUUUGAGCCUGUGAAGAUUGCAAAGACAUUGCCGGUUGGCGCAGGCGCGGAGCUAGAUAUAGAGAACGAGAAGGCCGAGCAAGAGGAAGUGGUCGUGCAAGUGUCAUAA